UGGGUUUCAUCAUAUCUUGGUGAAAGAAGAAGAUCGGCCCACGACCGCCUUCGUUUUGUCUGAAGGCACGUGGCAGUGGGUUCGGUGCCCGAUGGGAAUCUGCAAUGCGCCUGCCACGUUUCAACGGGCGAUGAACGUGACUUUUCAGAAUUUCGUCAAUAAGACGCGGCUGACUCAGGGGAUGAUUAACUUUUGUGUCAUUGUGUACAUGGAUGACAUUCUGGUGUACUCGGACACGUUUCACGGACACGCGCAGCACAUCGAGUGGACGUUGGUGCGCCCAGGUUGUCGGAGGCUUCUCACCCAGGAGCUUACGGUCCCGAUUGCACAGCUGGCCGACCAUCUUGACAUCAGCAUUGUCUCUCAGGUCGACCCGCGCUUGGUGCCCCACGUCACCUCGCGCACGCUGUCGCCGUAUCUUCAGUGGUCAGCUUGCGUGGAGGGCUUCCCAUCGAGAAUUCCGCCUUCACGGUUGGAUUACUUGGAUCCGCGCGACAUCGUGGAUCCCGCUUUCCACAGACCGCCGUGCGAAGACGAAUUGGAGGAGAUAAUCCGCGAGGAGCUCGCGGAAGAAAGUUCGGAGGAAGAGGAGGAGAAUCUGAACGAAGACGAAGGAGAGCCGGCACAACGACGAGAAGGAGACAAAAACGAGCUCCUGCAAACGGAGAGCGAAGAGGAGGCAGAAGAAGAAGACAGCGAGCAAGAGAGCGGUGACGACAACGAUGAGGAGCACGCCAACGAGGAUCCCCAGCUAGAGAUUGCGCCGGUUGCUGAUCUUCCGAUCAGCAACGAUCCAACGCUCGAUCCGGAGCCACCUCAGCCAGACGACGGCCAUGUGGACCAGAUGGCUGGGCCGUCCGCUCGCCAGCCUCCUUCCCCACCGCGACGCCGACGACGAAGCCACUCCCCCUCCGCCUCCCUCUCCCUCGCGGCCCGUCCCCCACUUCGAGCACGUCGAGAUAAGGCCGAUCGGUCUUCGUCCUCGGACUCUCUCUCUCCGCCCCCAUAACUUUCUCACCCUGCGCCAGCUCACCCG